CAAACCAAAGUAACUAAACGUAGAGAAAUGCAAGAAUACUCGUACCAAACAAGAACUUGUAUUUGCCAUACCAUUGAGUCUAUUAGCUUCAUUUUGUCAUCAAGUCUUCCGCAGCAGAAUAAUCAUAACAAUACGAAAUCGGAACUUUAUGCCAUAAUAAAUUUGAAUCGAAAUUGGGUACGGAUCUUCGAGAACUCGAGCUACUUAGCACAUCUGAAUACUCAAGAGUCUGUCUGCAGAAACUACCGCUGACGUAUGGGAUCAUAAAAUAUGAAUAAACAGAUAUUGGCUUGGCCGAAAGAUGAACGGAAAUGAAUGACUUUACUGAGUCAGCGUGACCUGUUAUCAAGCAAGAAUCGUUGGGUAGCCUCCCUCAGCCCUAGUAGUAGCCCCAUCCUCAGCCCCAGACCCAGCCACAUCCACAUCCACAACGACAGACGCCAGAGAUACAGACACAAAGAUGGAGCCAACGAUUAUUGGCAUUUGGUUAUGCUUAUUAGAUUUUUCGGUUCGUUUUUGCUUUCGCUUUGCCACCAUGUUUUCCUCAUAUAAAUUUGAAAACACACGCUCGCCGGAUAGGCAGUACGGUGGCUAACUUUGAACCUCGCAGACGUCUUUGGGGUUCGUUCGGACAAAGAUCGUUUAACGCAGAUAAAUAUCGAAAUUAAUCAAUUUGAUUGAGGGAAUCCACCUUUAAGUGUGUGCUUGUGCCGAGUGCGAAAAUAUAAAACAAAGGGAAACAUGCGAUAUUUUAUCAUAGCUCUGCUUGGACUGGCCCUUCUUUGGGCCGAAUUGGAUGCCAAGUUGGUGCGGAUACGCCGCAUUCGUCGGCUGGUGGGCUCCAGCGAGCGAGAUGCCCAGAUCACGGAUUACCGGGUCUCGCCGCUGGACGAGGAGGGGGUCUUCAAGUACGCGUUUAAGACCAGCAAUGGCAUCGAUGUCCAGGCGGCGGGCACUGCCCUGGAGACCAUCGGCAUCUACACAUACAUCUCGCCCGAGGGCGAGACCAUCGAAACGCGCUACAUAGCCGAUGAGCUGGGCUUCCAUGUGGUGGGCCGUCACCUGCCCCAGCCGCCACCUAUUCCGGACUACAUCCUGCGAUCCCUCGAAUACAUUCGCACCCACACGGAGGAUGGCAAGCUGAAGCCGAAUGUGUUCUAAAGUUCCUGCCGCCCGCAUACCCAUCCACAUCCAAGAAGAAGGCUGAUCAUACCAUAGCAUGUAGUAGUAAUAAACUCCAACAAACUAACUAUAGCUGUAACUAUAAUAUAAUUCAGCACUAGGCGUAGGCUAAGUUGUUGCUAGAUCUUGUAAGCCAUUCCAAACUGCGCAAAUGUUUUGUCUGUUCUGUUCUGUUCUGUCGUUCGGCUCGGGGGUAUAAAUCAAAUCAUCCAUUGAUUCUUCCGCA